UCAUGAUGGGCAGCAAGAUGGUGUCUGCCAGCAGGAUCGUCCAGGUAGUGAAGCCACACACUCCAUUAAUAAGACUUCCUGACAGAAGAGACAAUCCUAAACCCAAUGUAUCAGAAGCUUUGAGAUCAGCAGGGCUACCGUCUCACUCUUCUGCAAUUUCCCAGCAUUCUAAGAGAAGUAAAUCAUCAGAUUUGCUGAUGUAUCAGGGUCCACCAGACACUGCAGAAAUAAUAAAAACAUUGUCUCAGAAAUAUAGAAGGAAACUUGUGUCUCAAGAAGAAAUUGAAUUUAUCCAACGUGAGAGAGUGAAACCUAGGAAUCAGGCAACUCGUCUAAAGUCUCCCAGCUCAAUGGUGAAAGUGAAUACUACAGUCUCAGCCUCCCAGCUCCAUCCUUCACCAGCAUUCCAGGGUUCCAAUUUCACAUAA